GCGAGAGGGCGCGGGGCGGGCAGCCAUGAAGUGUGUCAUUGGGGGGACGCACCUCAGAGUGUUUGGGAGGGCAGUGCACGCCAUGGCGCGGGUUAGCGAUGAGUUCUGCUUUGACCCCAUAGACAGAGGUCUUGCCUUAAGAUCAGUGAAUUCUUCUCGGUCAGCAUAUGCGUAUGUCUUCUUCUCAUCCAUGUUUUUUCAACAUUACUGCUGCACAGCUGCGCCUCAGCCCUGUCAGAAAGAAAAGCAGUUGUCACUUGCAUGUAAAUUGAUCAUUAAGUCAGUUCUUCCUAUAUUCAGAUGUGUAAACGUGCUGGAAAGGCACGUGGAGAAAUGCAGCAUUUACACAAAUGCUAAAGAUCACCACAUAACUUUUCAGCUCCUCUGCAGAAAUGGUAUUGUAAAAACACAUAAUCUGGCUUUUCAAGAAUGUGACCCAUUGCAGGCUGUUUUUGCAAAGCACGUGUGUCCAAAUGUCCUCAGAGCCCACUCCAGGCUGCUGGCUGAUAUAAUGGUUCACUUUCCAACGAGUCAAGAAGAAGUCACCUUAUCAGUUACUCCAACGAGGGCUUGCUUCAGGAGUUACACUGAGGAAGACACUGACUUUUCAAAGACAAUGGUCACCGAAAUACAGCUGAGUCCAGAUGAGUUUGACUACUUUCAAGUUGGAGUCGAUUCCGAAGUGACGUUUUGCCUUAGAGAACUGAGGGGACUGCUGGCGUUUUCAGAAGCUACCAGUGUUCCUGUCUCCAUCCACUUGGACAUGCCUGGGAACUCAAAGCCACGUGUGGACAAAUGCUUUGAUAAGGAUGGCAGCGCUGAGGCAGUUGCUUCCAAAAAGCCGCGAUGGAACGGGCAGGCACAGAACACAGGGUCAGGGGCACCUGCAAGUCCCUUGGCAAAACAGGUCAGAAGUGUUCCCCCAGUCUCAUACAGAGGUACUGCAGGCACAGGAGGAACAGCUGUAACAAAGGCAGAUGACCAAGCAGUGCUGGAAGCAGAGUCUCCUUAUCACAAGGUGAGGACCUUCCCAAUCACAUUUACAUUCUAUGAUAAAACAGUGUUAUACCUUAGAUGCCAUUUAGAAGCUGAAUACGACACAUAGUCCCAAUCUGCAGAAAUAAUUAGCCCUCAAAUUCUGUUUCACAUGCAGUGUCUUACUCCUGUGAUUGUUGCAUUUUCCAGUUUCAUUCGUUG